AUGUAUUUUCUUAUACCACUUCUACCUUUAAUGUUUUUUAAUCAUACAUUAUGGAGGCGAAUAAUUGAUCGACUUAUUGGCUUUUGGAUAUUUAUGCCAUGUGGUCUUAUUGAAAUAUUUUUUGGCGCACGUGUAACCGUAUCCGGUAUGAAAAUUGAUCAUAGUGAACCGGCAUUAAUUAUAAUGAAUCAUCGAACAUGUUUAGAUUGGUUAUUUUUUUGGAAUGCUUUAAUUCGAAUAGAUCCUUGGCUUUUAACUUCACAAAAAAUAUCUUUAAAAGCAAUAGUACGUCAUUUACCUGGUGCUGGUUGGGCUAUGGCAUCAAAUGCUUAUUUAUUUCUAACACGACGUUUUGACAAAGAUCAAGCACAUAUUGAAGAGAUGAUCGAAUAUUAUGCUAAUUCAAAACAUGCUUAUCAGUUGCUUCUUUUUCCUGAAGGAACUGAUAAAGAUUUUGGAGCAACUGAAAGAAGUCGACGAUAUGCUCUAAAACAAGGUUUAAUUCAUUAUAAUUAUGUGCUUCAUCCUCGAACGACAGGAUUUAUAGCAUUGCUAAGAAAAAUGCGACAAGUAGGAUAUAUAAAAACUAUAUAUGAUGUAACAGUUGCAUAUGCUGAUACAAUUGUACAAUCUGAAUUUGAACUAUUCUCGAAUGGUUCAUGUCCAAAGAAUAUUCAUUUUUAUGUGAGUAAAAUUGAUAUCAAUAAUUUACCUAAAAAUGAUGAUCAAUUAACUGCACAAUGGCUUACAAAUUGUUGGAAAGCAAAAGAGGAAAAACUUGCACAAUUUUAUCAUUCUGACGAUGCACAAUAUCGAACUUUUAAAAUUGAUUCAAAUUAUGAUAAAAUUUUUGGUCUAACAGCUAAAUCUAUUAUGGUUUAUGGUGCUGUUGUAAUAUUUUGGGUAUUUACAUCAAUAUUUUUAAUAUAUGCAUUCUUCUCUUAUCCUUCACAAUAUUUAUUAGUAAUAUUGACAGUUGCAAUUUUUUUUGGUUCUCAAUUUUUAUUUGGUGGCUUUGAACAUGUUGCAAUUCAAGUGGCUAAAUAUACUUCACAUUAUACUCAUAGGUAUGAAAAGACAAAACAGGAACAUAUAGCAUUAUCAUCAGGCCUUUCAUUAUCAUCAUCAUCAUCACCAUCGUUGUUAUCAUCAUUAUCAUCGUCAUCAUCAUCAUCAUCAUCAUCACUAUUAUUAUCUGAAGAAUUGCUCAAAAAAUAA